AUGGCGGGUGAUGGUCAUAAGAAGAACCAACCUACGAAUCAAGCAGCAGUCCAUAAAGAAAUUAUGCAACGAAAAUGGGAUCUGAUGUUGGAGUACGAAAAUUUGAGGAGACAAGUGGCGGAUCUGACUGCGCGUCUUAUGCAGUUAGAAACCCGGGAUGCAAGAUCCGAGGCAGAACCUGAUGAUCGCAGAUCGAAAGGGGAGUUCAUAUUUCAAAAAUCCUUUUCAUGGGGGUCUUCCCACACACCGACGAGAGGCAAUCUACAAAUGGAGGUGUUCCUUGAUUGGUUGGACCAGAUCGAGUGCAUCUUCGAAUACAAGUGCCUACAGAACCUGCGACAAGAUCCUAGAUCCGUGGAUAAUUACACGGAAGAGUUUUACCAACUCAUGACUAAGAACGAUCUGGCGGAGAGCGAGCAGAUGGUCGCACGAUACCUUGGAGGUCUACGACAGCAGAUCCAAGAUGCCCUGAAGCUUCACACCAUGUGGAUAGUCAAAGAGGCGUAUCAUCGGACUGUUGUGACUGAGAAUCAGCUGCGGCACAGACCUAUACCCAAAUCUGAUCCAUCCUCAAAUCCAACUUCAACCGGUUCAUCAAAUCUGCGGUGUUACAACUGCAAUGAGAUUGGACAUGCACGGAAUAAUUGUAAAAAGCCCAUUGGACGUCCUGGGAAACAGUUGUUGAUUGAAGGAGAACCAUCUGAGAAAGAACAAGAGCCUGUUUAUGACGAAACUGGUAACGAAGAGGAUGACUCCUUACUAUUUGGCGAAAGUGGGGAGGCUCUAGUCAUCCUAGGUGGAAGUUGUGAAAACAUCAUCUCCCAAGAAGCUGUUACAAAAUUGAAUCUAGCCACCGAAAAGCACCAAGCUGUCUUGGUUUCAAAAAGAGAGGUGAUUGUUGACGGUCGCUGUCUUGUUUCAUUCUCUAUUGGACAGAAGUAUUAUGACAAGAUAUGGUGUGAUGUUGUUGUAAUGGAUGCUUGUUAUCUACUCCUUGAAAGGCCAUGGCAGUAUGAUCAUGGUGUUAUUCAUGAUGGCCGUCAGAAUAUCUAUACCUUCUGGAAGGAUGAUCAGAAGAUCACUCUGACGCCGAUGAAAGAAGAGAACUUACCCAAGCCUAAAGCAGAGAUCAGCAUCAACCUUCUGACAAAGCACACAUGUUUAAAGGAGGCAAUGGAGGCCGACUACCUACUGACGGUGGUGGAGAAGAGCGAAUCAGCUGAGCAUGAUAUUCCACCUCUGGUACAUCCUAUACUUCAGAAAUUUGCUGAUGUAUUUUCUGAGACUUGCCUACAGGAUUACCAUCAGAAAGGAACAAUACAACACAUCGAUUUUGUUCAUGGGAUGAGUCUACCAAACAAACCGACGUACCACAUGAGCCCAACUGAACAUGAGUUGCAGCGACAGAUCCAAGAGCUAUUGGAUAAGGGAUACAUUCGUCCGAGUAUGAGUCCGUGUGCAGUACCUGCUCUGCUAGUUUCAAAAGACCGUUCAUGGUGCAUAUGCAUAGACAGCCGAGCCAUCAAUCGGAUCACCAUCAAAUAUCGAUUUUCGAUCCCGAGGCUGGAUGACAUGAUCAACUUGCUGGGGCCAAGCCCUACUUUGGAAGAUCACUUGCAGCAUCUCGAGGAGGUUCUUAGCACACUGAGAAAGAAGUUAUUCGCCAAUCCCAAGAAAUGCAAUUUUAUAGCGGAUAGCCUGACCUUUCUGGGCUAUAUCGUCUCCUCUGAAGGAUUGAGGGCUGACGAUCCAAGAUCCGAGCUAUACAGAACUGGCCGGUGCCGUGCAAUCUCUGAAGUCCGAAGUUUUCAUGGCCUGACAUCAUUUUACCGCAAGUUCAUCUGA